UCGCUCGCUCGCUCCACUGCUUUCUCCACACGCAACAGGACUUUCUCCUCCCCAUCCCGACCCGGCUCCUUCCUUCCACGUCGUAUUCGUCAUCAUUUGCUGUAAGUAUUCGCCGGAUUUACCAUUUUCUCCCCUCCCGCUGAUUUUGCCAAUAAUCAAUGUUCGUACACUGCUUAUCAAUUUAUAUAUUUAAUUUGAAAACUGGAUGAAAGUUGGAGAAAGGCUAUUUUCGGAUAUUCUCGCAAUCACUAUAAUAGAGUGUGGAUGGAUGUCAUAUUUAUCAUUUUGUUAACGUGAUGUUCAUAGUUCUUGUCCGAAUGACUUAAUAAUUAUUCGUUCAAUAAUCCACUUUCAAUAAUUCGAGCCCAAAGUAUUUCUUGAAUUUCUUCACUUGCUAGUAGCAAGUUGCUACUGACUGACUACGACUUUCUCCGCCCAUACAAAUGCUAUGUGAAAUAAUUGCGCAUUUUUUAUUUCAGCAUACUUUUGCAUAAUUCCAUUAAUAUUAGGAAGGAAGUAGGAGAAAGCACAUAUAUGUAUAAAUAAUGAGUUUGUCCUCAAAUACGAAUGGAGACUAUGGUCGGAGAGAUUACUGGGACCAACGGUAUGAAAAUGACGAGGAGUUUGAGUGGUGCAAAGAGUACUCCGUCCUCAAACCACUCCUCGUGGAACAUGUCAAUCCACAGGAUGCCAUCCUAAUUUUAGGUUGUGGAAAUAGUGAGCUUGGUAGUGAAAUGUACAACGAUGGUUUCCAGAAUAUUACAAAUAUUGACUUUUCAUCCGUGGUCAUUUCUAAAAUGAAGACAAAAUACCCCUUUAUGAAGUGGAUUACGAUGGACAUGCUAAAUUUAGACUUUCCCAAUGCCACGUUUAAUAUAGUCAUAGAGAAAGCUACGCUGGAUGUCUUGUUUGUGAACGAGGCAAGCCCUUGGAGCGUUUCCGAUGAGGUUUCAGCUAAUAUGAACAAAGUUUUGUCGUCCGUGUCAAAAAUUUUGAAGCCUGGAGGAAAGUUCCUUUCAAUUACGUUUGCGCAACCUCAUUUUCGAACCAAACUUUACAAGGAGCACUGGUCAAACUGCACAUAUUCCACUUUCGGGUCAGGAUUUCAUUACUAUUUUUAUGUAAGUCGACAUAAUUAGUACUGAUGGAAUUAUCUUGGAAGAACUGCAGACAUUCGAAUUCAUUUGAUUUUGUAAAUAUUCUACAUACAUGUAUUCUUUUAUUUUAAUACGAAUGUAAUAUAUUUAGGUAUAGUGUGAUUUGUAACAUCUAUGUGUAUUUAUAUAUAAGACAAAAAUUAUAUAAAAUCUGUUACAAAAAUG